AUGCCUAGAUUUCCGGUCGCCUUCAACCGGCGGAAAUCUACCGCCGACAACCUCGAUAAUGCAUCGGUAGGAAGCCCGUCUUUUCGCGUGUUGGAUCGCUCUGAGGUAUUUUCGGGAACGAAGAACUUUGAUGCCCCCAACCCGAAUGCUCGCUUGGCCGUCAAAUCCCAGAGCAUGCCCAAUGCCCUGAUGGUUGCGGAUCCCGAGGACGACAACAUCUUUGCCAACCUCAACGUUAAUCGGCUCCUUCACUACGACCGAAGUGGAUUCGAAAUGGAGGCCGACCUAGUGGAGGGCGUGGGCAGCGGCUCUUCAAAUACGACGAAGACGACAUCUGACGACUCUUCACGCCAUAGCAACGUGUCGACAGCACCCUCAUCCGCUGACCUAAACGCCCAACAGCAGCAGCAGCAACAGUUCCAACAGCAAUUUCACCAGCAGCAGCAGCAGCAGCAUCAAGAAGACUACCGUCUAGCGAACAAGAAGCUGUACGGCGACGUCCCUGUGCCUCCGAUCCCCAAGUCGAACACCACAAGCAGCUUUCUCAAAUCUGCUGGCCGCACGUUCUCGUUUGGCGGCAACAAGAAGAAUCUCCCGAUCUUGCCCAACGACGAUGCUCCUCUUCCACAGACGCCACCCAAGCGAUCUGACACGGGCAGCACCGCUACCAGCCGCGAUCGGUCUCUAACCGAGUCUACAGUAACGACCGCCACACCCCCCAAGCUGGAGGAGGGAUUUACACUUGAUCUGGGCGGCGACUUCAGCAAGAUGCUCGGCGGUGGCUUUGACAAACGAGCGAGCGUGAUGACGGUUCGGGAGGACGGCCGGCCAGCUCUGGUGCCACGGUCGUUGACCGGCAACCGGCUGAACCAGCCAACCCCCAUUCACGUUGAUGGCUCCGCCAAGGUUGAGCCGUCGCCGUAUUCGUGGGGCAGCCAACACUCCAAUGAACAACUGCUGAAUGCUAAUUCGCUCCUUGCCUCCUCGCCAAAUGAGAACGCACCACCCGUUCCGAGACACGCGGCUCCCCUUGCUCGGCCACAGACGUCGUCAGGAACCAGUCCCAACGUCACACAAAGCACCAUUCCUCCCAUCCCCACCUCUCGUACCGAAUCCAGUCUUAAGAGAACGAGUGCCCUCUUUGGCCGCCGCCGCUCAACCAUCGAAAACGCUGCCGAAGCCGCAGAUGACGAAGACACCGUUCUCUUGAAGGACUCACUUUCCACUGUCAACAGGUUCCUUGCUGGUGCCAGCCUGUCCAACAACAAGCAGACGUCUUCACCGAGCAGCCGCUUUGGUCGACGCGACGAUGCCCUGGGUGUCAGUUACAGCCAAGUGCCGACGGAAUCCACCUCCCCAACAUUUGGUGCCAAGGUCGUCGCCGACAACGACGACAACCUGUUUGAUACCAACCUCAUCAGCUCGAGCCGAACGGCCCAGCGCUUCGUGGCUCGCAAGCCCAGUCCGCCGCGGAACAAGGUCAUGACGCCCGCCCAGUUUGAGCGCUACCGGAAGGACAAGGAGCGGGAGGAGAGUGGCCAAACAACGAGCGCCUCAAAGCAGGAGGCCAACGGCGAUAGCGAUGAUGACGAUGACAAGUACGAGGAUGACGAAGAUGAGGCUGAGAAGUCAAGACAGGCGGCCAAACAACGGCGAAAGCAAGAGGCACACAUGUCUGUGUACCGCCAACAGAUGAUGAAGGUCACUGGUGAGGCCGCGUCAGGAACGCCUGCUCGCUCGAGCAUGCAUUACUCCCUGUCGACACCGAACCUGCCGACGAUGGGCACUCUUGCCCCCAAUACCCCCAACGGAGCGAGGCUGUCACCGCAAAACGGCUCAGAAAACGAAGGCGAAGACGAAGAUGAAGAGGUUCCUCUGGCUAUCCUCGCCGCACAUGGUUUCCCCAGCAAGAACCGCCCGCCGGCCCGUCUCAGCACAAUGAUGUCGAAUCCCAACCUACGUGCGGCCGCCGCCCCCAGCUUCCAGCGCCCCCAGUCGAUUGUGGGUAGCGAGGCCAACAGCCCUGCCGCACCUCCCAACGGCGGCCGUCUUCCAGUCUUUGCCCGGAAUCUGCCUCAGGACCCUUACGGUCUGGUGAACUCCAACAAUCGUGAGACCCUUAACUUUGCCGGUGGUGCCCCUGCCGUAUCCCCGCAGGCGAACAGCGGUGGUCUGCCCCCUGGCGGACUUGUUGGCGUCAUUGCCAGCGAGGAGCGCUCUCGUGCCAUGCGCAGAGGCAGCCCGAAUGCCGACGCGAUCAACAAGCCUGUCCCACAUAUGGGCCCUAUGGGAUUUGGUGGUCCGCAGUUCGACCCUGCUGCCGGUAUCCCACCGCAGAUGAUGUACCCUGGUAUGGGCAUGCCGCAGCCGAUGCUCACCCCAGGUGACCAGGCCCAAAUCCAGAUGACGCAGCAAAUGCAACAGUUUAUGCAGAUGCAGAUGCAGUUCAUGCAGAUGAUGGCCAACGGCGGCGCCAACGGCAUGCAGCGGCCGAUGAGCAGCCAGUAUGGCGGACCCGGUGGGCCCAUGAACAUGGGUAUGAUGGGUGGUAUGGACGGCAUGAACAAUGACAUGGGCCGCCAUUCGUUCGUUGACAACGGCUCCGUGAUGGAUAUGCAGCUGCCGCACCCUGACAUGCACAUGCGGACAAUGAGUAUGGUCCAGCCCAACUCGGCAUCGUGGAUGCAGCAGCCGCAGGGUCAUGGUUACGCCCCGUCUAUCCGAAUUCAAGGUGCCAACGCCUAUGCUCCGUCGAUUGCUCCCUCUGAGCGCAGCAACGUCGGUCUCCCCGGCCGCUACCGCCCUGUUUCGCACGUUCCUGCCGGCCCUGCCCCGUCCGAGCUGCGCAAAUCGAUGACAAUGUCCGGUGCCAUCAGCUCUUCGACGGGUGAUGCCCAGACCAGCGCCACGUCGACACCGAGACCCAACACGAGCGGCAGCAUGAGCCCCAACGAGAACAACACGCCCAAUGGCCGUGGCGCGAGCCCGACUGGCUGGGAUCUUUCUAGGAAGCAGAAGAGCGCCUCGCCUCUCGCGCAAAGCAAUGUUGCAGAUGACGACGAUGACGAGCAGGGCUGGGCCGCCAUGAAGGCCAGGCGCGAUAAGAAGCGGUCCAUAUGGAAGUCGAAGAAGACUCUCUCCAGCGAGAUUGGUGCCCUCAUCAGCUAA